AUGCUACAACACAUUCAAAUACCCCGGUUGGUUGUCAACGACACCGACAACAUUGAAUUGCAUGGAUUCUCCGAUGCAUCUACGAAGGCAUACGCUGCUGUAGUGUACAGCAGAGUAAUCAACAAGGAUGGCUCGAUUUCUACAUCGAUUAUGGCUGCGAAGUCUAGGGUGGCUCCGCUAAAGCAGCAAUCUCUGCCCCGCCUAGAGCUUUGCGCGGCACUUCUCCUAAGUCAACUCAUACGUUCGAUAAAGGCGGCACUUCGACAUCAAAAGGUCACGGUUUUUGCAUGGUGCGAUUCCACAAUCGUUCUCUAUUGGCUAUCAUACGCACCCUCUCGACUAAAGACAUUUGUUGGGAACCGAACUUCGGAAAUUCUGGACACCAUUCCAAGGCACUAUUGGCGUCAUGUGGACUCCAAAUCAAAUCCAGCUGAUUGCGCAUCCAGAGGUCUCAUGGCUGCAGACCUAAAGGACUUUCAGUUAUGGUGGAAUGGCCCGUCAUGGAUACGUGACGCGGAUCAGUUUCUGGGUCCAUUUGGGGACAAGGGCUCAAACUGUCUUACGUUUGAGGAAAUCACCGCGGCACGCAUUGUAUGCUUGCGCCACGCGCAAACCUGCUUUCAGGAUGAAUAUCAAUUGCUACUCGCAAAUAAACCAUUGCGAAGUCGAUCUCAGCUGGCUAAACUCUCGCCAAUGAUCGACAAGGACGGACUAGUCAGGGUUGGAGGACGCUUGCACCACUCGCAAUUGUCCACAGAGGCGAAACAUCCAGUUUUGCUACCGAAAUCUCAUCGCAUCACCAAGCUGAUACUUGAAUACGAACACAGGGUCAACCUGCACCCUGGCGUCUCAUCACUCUUUGUUAUGCGGCAUCAUACAUCACAACAAAGGAUGGCUGAUCUACCCAGCAUUCGUGUCACUCAGGCACUUCCAUUUGUAAACACUGGAUGUGACUAUGCUGGUCCAAUCCUUCUUAAGGAUGGAAAGGGGCGCAAACCGCGCAUUGGUAAGGGCUACAUAUGCCUAUUUGUUUGUCUGGUCACAUCGGCAAUCCAUCUGGAACUUGUAACGGACUUGAGCACCGACUCAUUCUUGGCCGCGCUAACACGUUUCGUCUCUUUGCGUGGCAAGUGCAACAAAAUCUAUAGCGACAACGGAACGAAUUUCAUUGGAGCUAAACGCUCUCUUGAUGAAAUGCAGAAGCUGCUGGCAUCUCAACCACACAUCGAAAAGAUGCGAACUCUACUUGCACAAGUCAGUGCGGUGGUCAACUCACGACCCUUGUGCUACAACUCGGACACAGAUAUCAAUUAUUUGUCGCCAGCACAUUUCUUGAUCGGCAUGCCUCUCACAACUAUACCAGAGGCAGACUUAGGCCACAUCCCCGUGGGCCGACUUGGGUACGUGCAAAGUAUCCAAUCUAUGAUGCAAGGUUUCUGGAAGCAAUGGCAUCAGGAGUAUCUUACCACAUUGCAACAGCGUCCAAAGUGGACCACUACAACACCAAAUAUAGCAGUGGGAGAUGUGGUGCUUGUAAAGGAAUCGAACACCCCACCAGCUCACUGGCAUCUGGCGCUGGUUCUCGAAGCCUACCCAGGCAAGGAUCAAUUGGUUCGAGCGGUUAGACUCAAGACCUCUUCGGGAGAAUUAACUCGGCCAAUCACCAAGGUUGCGGUAUUGCCCCGUUCAGAAACUGUGUUUCAGGGCGGGCCGGGAUGUUCAGGAACGGAUUGCGUUUAUCGAUAA